AGAGAAGAGAGGAAAGGGAAAAAGGCUCUAUCUUUCUGGGGGUUUUACUUCCCCUAGAAGAUUCUCUUUUUUUCCCGGAAAAUUAUUCUCUUUCUUCAGUGCUUGAGCGGAGGACCGCUUCAUCUUUGUUUAUCUGCAAAAUAUAUACAUCUUUUUUAUUCCUUUGUCGGUUUUUUUGGUAGAUAAACAAUGGAGGACGACUAUUAUGUGAGCAGUGACGAUGACUAUUACGACGAGGACGAUGAUCGCAACAAUAUGGAGCUGUUGGAAUACGUUGAGAAUUACGAGAAUCUCAGGCCUGAGGCUCCGACGAGUAAGGUUAUUUCAAAAGAAUCUCUCUUGGCUGCACAGAGGGAUGACUUGCAAAGGGUAAUGGAUGUGUUAUCAUUGAAAGAAUACCGCGCCCGAACCUUACUCAUCCAUUAUCGUUGGGAUGUUGACAAAGUGCUUGCAGUGCUUGUAGAGAGGGGGAAAGACAGAUUAUAUGCCGAAGCAGGUGUGACUGUGGUAGAGGAUGACAAUCUUGUCUCAUCACAGUUUUCAUCUGAGGUUAUGUGUGGUAUUUGUAUGGACGAGAUUCCUUCUGAUCAGGUGACAAUAAUGGAUUGCGGUCACUACUUCUGCAACAAUUGUUGGACAGAGCAUUUUAUUGUGAAAAUAAAUGACGGUCAGAGUAGGCGCAUUAAAUGCAUGGCACACAAGUGCAAUGCUAUUUGCGAUGAAGCAAUAAUCAGAAAUCUAGUCAGUGCAAGGGAUCCUAAUCUGGCAGAGAAAUUUGAGCGUUUCCUUCUGGAAUCAUAUAUUGAGGACAAUAGAAAGGUGAAGUGGUGCCCAAGUGUUCCCCAUUGUGGAAAUGCUAUCCGUAUUGAGGAAGAUGAAUUAUUAUGUGAGGUUGAAUGUGCAUGUGGGCUGCAAUUCUGUUUUAAAUGCUUAUCUAAAGCGCACUCCCCUUGUUCAUGUCGAAUGUGGGAACUAUGGUGUCAGAAGUGCCAAGAUGAAUCAGAGACUGUUAAUUAUAUUGCAGUCAAUACUAAACCUUGCCCAAAAUGUAACAAGCUGGUUGAAAAAAAUGGAGGAUGCAAUCUAGUUAUCUGUGUCUGUGGACAACCAUUUUGUUGGCUCUGUGGUGCUCCAACUGGUUCGGAUCAUACAUGGGAUUCCAUUGCAGGACACAGUUGCGGACGAUUCAAAGAAGACGAGGAUAUGAAACUUGAGCUGGCCAAGAGGGACCUAUUCCGUUACACUCACUACUUCAACCGUUAUCAAGCUCAUACAGAUUCAUUUAAGCUUGAAUCUACACUGAAGAAAAGCAUACAAGAAAAGAUAUCACGUUUGGAAGAAAAGGAAUUGAUGUUUAAAGAUUUAAGCUGGGCAACCAAAGCGCUCUACAGACUCUUCAGGUCAAGGCAGAUUAUUUCAUAUUCCUACCCAUUUGCAUAUCACAUGUUUGGUGAUUUAUUCGAGAAUGAAAUGACGGCAGAAGAAAGGACAAUAAAACAAAAUUUAUUUGAGGACCAGCAGCAGCAGCUUGAGGCAAAUAUGGAGAAGCUUUCUUUGUUUACAGAGGAGCCUUUUCAUGAAUAUGGACAUGAACAAAUUAUGGAAUUGAGAAUGAGGAUCUUGAAUCUUUCUACGCUUACUGAUAAGCUCUGCGAAAAAUUGUAUGAUUGCAUUGAGAAUGAUUUGCUGGGUUCCCUCCAGUGGACAAGACACAGUAUUGCUCCUUACAAUUCCAAUGGCGUGGAGAAAGCUUCAGAACUUACGGUUUCUAGGGACACCACCACCUCUAACUCUGAAAUUGAUUUGGCCACCAAUGGCAUGGAUAUUUCUUACACUAAGUAGGAGCUUUCCAGUCUUGUGUAAUAUAUAUCCUUGUUCAUGUUCUUGUUUACUUUUUAUCAUAGUUGACUAGAAGAGAACUUGGAGAUAAAUAACAACAGGUCUCUCAGAAGCUGCUGAAGCAUGCAUAGAGGAGUAACAGAACAGAAUGCUGAAAUGUGAUCUAUAAGAGGUGGUUUCGCCGUGGUGCUCAUAACGUAUAUGUAUCCUUGCAUUAGGGUGGUCUGUUCUUGUUACCAACUUAAUUUUGCCAACAGAAUCACAUUUAACCCCAUACCUUAGGAACUAAGCUAUCUUUUGAUCAGAUUUUUUGAUUUUUUGAACUUAAUAACCUCGCAUCGUUUCUCAGUUGUUUUCCAUGAAAGUUGCUGUACAUAGCCUAUCAAGAGGUCCAUAUGCUGAUGCUACAGAUUGUAUUCAUUUUUCAGAAAUGAAAUAAUGACUUUAUACAUCAUACAAA